AUGACCACCGAAUCUCCUGUCAAAAGACAACUUCACGCCGCGAUCCUCCCACAGUCCGAUCUGAAUGGCUGUCAAGGGGCCCUCUCAACGAUGGGCAUGCGUAUCAGACAGUCCGUCGACCGCGGGUAUCAGACACCACAGUCGCUUUCAGCGCCUGUUUCUUCGCCUUCGCACUUUUCCAACGUCUGCAUGCAGGACAACUCCAACUUCACGAUCCCAGAGUACAAGCGUGUUCCGCUAUCUGGUGCUCGUCAAGCUCCGAUGCUCGUCAACGAGCGCACGGUCUCGAGUUCCAGCUCUCUCGCCAUGUGGGAAAGCCAACUGGACGAGCGUCUGGAGCACAUUGACAACGACAUCAUGCGCAACAAGCUGGGCGCCGGAGAUCUCAUGAUGGGCGUCAAACGGGGCUUCGACCAGGUCUCUGAGUGGUAG